GGGUCCAGGAUGAAUAAGUCCAGGGUUGUUAAUGAUGGUUUUCCCUUCAUGAACAGUAAGAACUGGAGCUCAAACCGAAGCUUCCCCACACACCUUUCAAAUCAGUGCAGGAACAUCACUGACCUUACUGUCUUUCUGGUCACUUCUUACAGUUUGGAAACUGUCCUAGGCAUUGUGGGAAACAUCUGUCUUAUUGCCGUCAUAGCCAGGCAGAAGGAAAAGGCCAAUGUCACCAACAUCCUCAUUUCCAACUUAAUCAUUUCAGACUUGUUUAUGGGUCUUGUCUGCCUGCCUUUCACCAUUGUUUACACCAUGAUGGACUACUGGAUAUUUGGGGAGGUCAUGUGCAAAAUGACCUCCUUCAUUCAGUGCACAUCUGUGACAGUGUCAAUUCUUUCCCUUGUCCUUAUUGCUUUGGAAAGGCAUCAGCUCAUCAUAAAUCCAACUGGCUGGAGGCCAAGUAUCUCCCAAGCCUAUCUAGGAAUUGGAGUCAUUUGGACUUUAGCAUGCCUCAUGUCCCUGCCCUUUCUGACCACGUCCAUUUUGUCUAAUGAUUUGUAUGAGCAGCUCUCGUACAUCAUGAAUUUUUCCACUGACAAGGCCAUAUGCAUUGACUCGUGGCCUUCUGAGCAGCACAGACUUAUCUACACCACCACUUUGCUGCUCUUGCAAUACUGCAUCCCUCUUUUCUUCAUUAUGGUUUGCUAUCUGCGUAUCUACUUACGUCUGCAGAAGAGAAAGGACAUGUUUGAGAAAAGCGAAUACAGCAACCGAGCAGUUCAGCUGAGAAGCAUAAACAUUUUGUUAGCAUCCAUGGUUGCUGCCUUUGCUGUUUGCUGGUUACCACUGCAUGUUUUCAACACUAUUGUGGACUGGAAUUACAAAAUCAUUUCACCUUGCCACCACAAUCUGAUCUUCUCAUUGUGCCACCUGGUAGCCAUGGCUUCCACCUGUGUCAACCCUGUUAUCUAUGGUUUCCUAAAUAGCAACUUCAAAAAAGAAGUGAAGUCACUGAUUCUGAACUGCCAGCAUAAUUCAAUAACUGCAUCAAUGGAAGAAUAUGAUCAUUUACCUUUAUCCACUAUGCAGACUGAAAUCUCAAAGGGCUCACUGAUGUUGAGCUGCAGACAUAAUUCUAUCUAGCAGGCAGUAAACAUUUACAGAUGGAUGCGUGGAGCACACCACAAACCAAUUAUCACCUGUCAGCAUAAAAAGCAACUGAUGAUGCUAUAGCUGUGAUAUGAACAGGAGCCCAUUACUGCUGGAUUUUUGGAAGAAUGGGCAAAGGAAGUUUGUAAACAUACACGGUGGUUCCUAUGAUGCACAAGUUGUUCACGUCACUGAAGUGGUACAGAUAGCUAUUGAGAAGAUUGGGCUGCUCUAACAGCUCAGUAACUAAGGUGUGGAUGCACACAGACUGACACUGGGUUCAUCAGCUAAGCUCACAUCUCCGUCGUGACUGAGGCAGAAUCCCAGACUUUCAGUUUUGGCGCUGCAAGGCUGCCCAGCGCACUGCUCAGCUACCCAGAUUCUCUUCCAUUUUUCAGUAUUAGUAAGAUAUUUAGCCAGUGUUGACAGACCAGUGGAACAGAGAUGUGUAAAUAUAGCAAACUUUGUGCUUUGUUGACUCUCACAGCUUGUUAGGUAACACUAAUCUUUCAGCAGAUGUAGUUCACAUCAAACAACUGGAUGCCUGUUUGCAAUGUCUAUCUCUGUAGGGUCACAGAACAAUGAUCCUGUUACUUAAAGACGACAGUUACUUAUUGAGGAAUGGUGGCAAAUGAAAAUGUUACCCCGUGGCUUAGACUUUUAAAAUACUUCGAGAUGAUGCUGAGCAUAGUUUAUAAGCAGACAAAAGACAG